AUGGGCUUAGGAAAGACUAUUCAGACCAUUUCCUUCCUCUCAUACCUUUUCCACCAGCAUUUUCUUUAUGGCCCAUUUCUGUUGGUGGUACCAUUAUCUACGUUGACUUCCUGGCAACGAGAAUUUGAGAUGUGGGCUCCUGAAAUUAAUGUGGUGGUUUAUAUAGGAGACCUUGGGAGCAGAAAACACGAUACGAGAGUAUGAAUGGGUUCAUCAGCAGAGCAAGAAAAUGAAAUUUAAUGCGCUACUGACAACCUAUGAAAUUUUACUGAAGGACAAGGCUGUGUUGAGCAGUAUUAAUUGGUCUUUUCUCGGAGUUGAUGAAGCUCAUCGGUUGAAGAAUGAUGAUUCUUUGCUCUACAAAACCCUUAUAGACUUCAAGUCCAACCACAGACUGCUGAUCACUGGGACUCCUCUCCAGAAUUCACUGAAGGAACUCUGGUCACUGCUACACUUCAUUAUGCCAGAAAGGUUUGAGUAUUGGGAGGACUUUGAGGACGAGCACGGCAAAGGGAGAGAUAAUGGUUACCAGAGCCUUCACAAAGUCCUUGAACCAUUUCUACUGCGCAGAGUCAAGAAGGAUGUCGAGAAAUCUCUUCCAGCUAAAGUGGAGCAAAUCCUUCGAGUGGAGAUGUGUGCACUACAGAAACAGUAUUACAAGUGGAUUUUAACCAGAAAUUAUAAGGCAUUGUCCAAAGGCACAAGGGGCAGCACAUCUGGUUUCCUGAACAUUGUAAUGGAACUGAAGAAGUGCUGCAAUCACUGCUUCCUCAUUAAGCCGGAUGAUUCAGACAAAGAAAGCAGACAAGAUUUACUGCAGUCUUUGAUCAGAAGCAGCGGAAAGCUUAUUCUGAUGGACAAACUGUUGACACGGCUGCGUGAGAGAGGAAACCGUGUACUCAUCUUUUCUCAGAUGGUGCGCAUGUUGGACAUCUUGGCAGAGUACCUCGCCAUAAAGCACUACCCGUUUCAGAGACUCGAUGGUUCAAUUAAGGGAGAGCUUCGUAAGCAAGCGCUGGAUCACUUUAAUGCUGAAGGUUCGGAGGAUUUUUGCUUCUUACUCUCUACACGUGCUGGUGGGCUUGGGAUAAACUUGGCAUCUGCUGACACUGUAGUCAUCUUUGAUUCGGACUGGAAUCCCCAGAAUGACUUGCAGGCACAGGCUAGAGCUCACAGGAUUGGCCAAAAGAAACAGGUAAACAUUUACCGCCUUGUCACCAAGGGCACUGUAGAGGAAGAGAUCAUAGAACGGGCAAAGAAAAAGAUGGUUCUUGACCAUCUCGUAAUCCAGCGGAUGGACACCACUGGCCGAACGGUGCUGGAAAACAACUCUGGAAGUUCAAAUUCCAAUCCAUUUAACAAAGAGGAGUUGGCGGCUAUUUUAAAGUUUGGAGCAGCAGAUCUCUUUAAGGAACCUGAAGGAGAGGAAUCUGAACCUCAGGAAAUGGACAUUGAUGAGAUAUUACGGCUGGCAGAGACCAGAGAGAAUGAGCCAUCCUCCAGUGCCACCGAUGAGUUGUUAUCUCAGUUUAAGGUGGCCAAUUUUUCAACUAUGGAAGAAGAGCCUGAACUGGAAAAACCGUGGCCAAAAAGAUUGGGAACAUAUUAUUCCUGAGGACCAGAGGAAGAAGGUAGAGGAAGAGGCACGUCAGAAGGAGCUUGAUGAGAUCUACAUGCUUCCCAGGAUUCGAAGCCUGAACAAAAGGGCCCAAGCAAACGACAGCGAGUCUGACCUGGAGUCAAAGCAGAAGGCUCAGAGGUCCUCUGGGUCGGACAGUGAUACUGAUGACUCUGAUGAUGACAGAAAGCCAAAGCGCAGAGGACGUCCUCGCAGUGUUCGGAAAGACACAGUAGAGGGAUUCACAGAUGCAGAGAUACGAAGGUUUAUCAAAGCCUACAAGAAGUUUCCGACUCCACUUGAAAGGUUGGAGUGUAUCGCACGUGAUGCAGAGCUUUUGGAAAAGUCGGUGGCAGAUCUGAAGAGGCUGGGAGAUUUACUGCACACUAGCUGCACCUCAGCAAUGCAAGAGUUUGAAGAACAGUUGAAAGAGAAUCCCACCGAUGGCAAAGGUCCAGGCAAAAGAAGAGGUCCAACUAUAAAAAUUUCCGGUGUCCAAGUAAACGUGAAAGCAAUUAUUCAACAUGAAGAUGACUUUGAGAUUCUCAACAAAGCCAUUCCUAAAGAUGCCGAAGAAAAGAAAAAGUUCGUAUUGUCCAGUCGGGUCAAAGCUGCUCAUUUUGAUGUUGAUUGGACUGUAGAAGAAGAUUCUCGAUUACUCCUGGGAAUUGUCGAACAUGGUUAUGGAAACUGGGAGCUCAUGAAAAGUGACCCAGAGUUACAAUUGGCUGAUAAGAUCUUGCCAGCGGAAACAGAGAAGAAACCACAAGCCAAACACUUGCAGACCAGAUCAGACUAUCUGCUAAAAAUGCUGAAAAAAGAAAUGGAGAAAAAGGAGAGUGGCCAAGGCGAUGAGGUAAAGAUAAAGAAAAGACGGCCACGUGUGAAAAAAGAAGUGGCAGCAAAAGCAAAGGAUGAGCAUGGCAAUGAGAUCUCUUCUCCCAAAAAUUCUGAAAACCAUUCCGAAGAUGGAGACACAAAGGAGGAUGGCUCGCUGAAGAGUCCAAGCAAGAAAAAGCAAAAGAAAAAAGAUAACAAAGAAAAUAAGGAUAAACAGAACCAAAAAAAGGAUGGAGCCAAAGAAAAGAAGAAAGCAAAAGAAAAGCCAAAGCGGGGUGAAGGCAAGUCUGGUACUCGGAGCAAAAAGAACCAGGGACCGGUCCAUAUUACAGCAGGAAAUGAUCCAGUUCCUAUUGGAGAGGAAGAGGAAGAUGACCUGGACCAGGAAACCUUCAGCAUUUGCAAGGAGAGGAUGCGGCCGGUGAAAAAAGCUCUGAAGCAGCUGGAUAAACCUGACAAAGGUCUGACCGUCCAGGAGCAACUGGAACACACUCGGACCUGCUUGCUAAAAAUUGGAGACCGCAUAUCUGAGUGCCUUAAAUCUUACACUGAUCAGGAGCAAACCAAGCUGUGGAGAAGAAACCUCUGGAUAUUUGUCUCCAAAUUCACUGAAUUUGAUGCCAGGAAGUUGCACAAGUUGUACAAAAUGGCAGAUAAAAAGAGGUCCCAGGAAGAAGAGGUAAAGGAACAUAAGAAGAAGGAUGGGCCUCCUAACAAGAAGCUUUUUCGACAAGAGCCAUCUGGGCCCAGCCGUGAUUCACUCUCCUCACAGCAACAUGGACUCCACACCCAGCAGAAGCCUCAUAAUAUGCCACCACACCCACCACAAAUGCAUGGGCACCAAAGAGAAAAUUUUGUCAACCCUAAUAAGAGACCAUUUAAUAAUGCAGAUCGUGGUGAUUGGAGAGAGCGGAAAUUUAACUAUGGAGGCAAUAGUAAUAAUAACCAGCCAUGGGGAGGAGACCGCCACCACCAGUAUGAUCAACACCGGUACAAAGAUCACCAUUAUUCUGAUCGACGUCCUCAUGGUGACCCUCGGAGAAAUUCUGGAAACUACAGACCAAACCCUGGACCCCGCAAGAGGCCUUAUGACCAGUAUAAUAACGAUCGAGACCAUCGUGGUCACAGAGAUUAUUAUGACAGACAUCAUCAUGACAACAAGAGGAGAAGAUCAGAUGAAUUUCGUCCUCAAGGUUACCAUCAACAGGAUUUCAGAAGAAUGGGAUCUGAUCAUCGGCCACCAAUGGGAUAUCAUGGACAAGGACCUUCAGAUCAUUACCGCUCAUUCCAUCAAGAAAAACCUGGUGACUAUAAAGGUGCCUCCCAGCAGUCCUCUUCUCUAUCGGAUCCUCGUUCUCCGCCAACUCAAAGAUCUCCUCACGAUUCCAAAUCCCCCAUGGACAGAUCAUUAGAACAGAGAAGUACAGACUAUAAUUGGAACAGUCGAAAAACAUAG